GCGAUAAGGGGGCGGAGGCCGGAUUGGCGCUUUUGGUUUCGCUUUUCUUCGUAGAGUUGCGUUGAUCUCCCAGGAGUUCCCCGUCGCCUCUUUUGAAUGGAGCCCACUAAGCUGGGAGAAGACAUUUCUGAUCCUGCAUUACUGCAGGUGGAUAAAGGUGAUGGAGAAGAUCAUGAAGAUACACCAGAUGCAAAGCCAGACAGAAGAGAUCGGUUAUCGAUCUUCGGAAACAAAAAAAAGAAUGGACAGGAACAGCUGCCAGAGGCCUCUUUCAGUAGCCACUACCGAAUUAUUACUCCAACAUUCCGGUACAGUAUGGACUACAAGAAAAUUGGUAAAUGCAUUAUUAUAAACAACAAGAAUUUUGCAGACUAUACAGGCAUGGGUAGACGAAAUGGCACCGAUAAAGAUGCUGGCGAUUUGCAACAAUGUUUUCGAAGUAUAGGAUUUGAUGUUGUUGUCCAUAAUGAUCAAACCUGUAAAGAAAUGGAGAAAUUACUUCAACAAGCUGCAUGUGAGAACCACAGUGAUGCUGCUUGUUUUGCCUGUAUAUUUUUAAGCCAUGGAGAGGAGGGUCUCAUCUAUGGCACAGAUGGACCCAUGCCAAUCAAGACUUUGACUGCAUUUUUUAGAGGAGACAACUGCCCAAGCCUUGUUGGAAAACCUAAACUAUUUUUCAUUCAGGCAUGUCGAGGUUCUGAAUUUGAUGAAGGUAUUCAGACAGACUCUGGUCCAUCAAAUGACAAUCUGGAAACUGAUGCCAAUCCAAGAUACAAGAUUCCAGUUGAAGCAGAUUUUUUAUUUGCAUAUUCUACUGUGCCAGGUUAUUAUUCCUGGAGAAAUCCAGGGAAAGGCUCCUGGUUUGUGCAGUCUCUUUGCUCAGUACUGAGCAAACAUGCGAAACAGCUGGAAAUCCUCCAGAUUCUCACUAUGGUUAACUACAAGGUAGCUACCAGCUACGAGUCACAGUCUGAUGACCCUCGCUUCAGUGAGAAGAAACAAGUGCCUUGCGUGGUCUCCAUGCUAACGAAAGAACUUUACUUCUGAAAUCACAUCCCUAAGGCCAGUUAUCAGUAGCGGUCCUUGCAAAUCAACUUGAGCUGUGGAUCCAACCAGGAAUCAUUCUUCCAAAAUAUGCAAUGCCAAGAUUACCUCAAUUGAUAGAUUGGAUAAUUUCCUCCAUGCCACUAAAGUGUAUAUGUGUGCAUGUAAGUGUACAUUGAUCAGUGCUUCUCUUUGUUUAUAUGGACACUAAAAGAAAUACUGCUGAGACCUCUCUUGAUUCACCAUGUCCAACAUCUUUUGUCUACAUCAUGGAAUACCUUAAUGUUUCUUUACUAAGUACUUUUACUUUGUUUCUAGCACUACAUGGAAAUCAUCAUGUUUAUUUCACAUAUGUAGUACCUGCAAAGGAAAAAAGGGAGGGUGUGAAUUAUACAGAACUAUGACCAAGGUGUAGUGGAGAGUAAUUUUAAGUUUUCAGUAAUUGAACAGGGAACUUGAUAUCAUUGAUGUUUACAUACCUGAGGAUAUUGCCUUUUAACAUAUUUUGAUUGAUCCAAAUCUGAAUCUUACCCAACUAAUGUAGAUUUUUAGCCAUUUAUUGUUAGAAUCCUUCAGCCUAAAUCUCUUUUCUUCAUCUUUGACAACCUGGCCUUUUAAAACCUAGGGACUGCUUAAACUGUUUCUUUUACCUAAUAUCCAGUCAGUCAGUCAGAGUUUAUUGUCUAUAGCCAUAGGCCAUCACAGAUUUUCCAAUUAUCAUGUCAACAUUUUACCCAAUAUGGAAAAACAUUUUUGAGUCUUUAUUUUGAGAUCAUAAAAUAAGUGAAACAUUCAGCCUGUUUAGCACCAUUGAAUAGCAAAAAUCCAUGUAAUGUGUAGUAGUUAUAAAACUGAACAAAUGUAGACAGUCUGUUCAAAGUAAAGUGGUUCCACAAAGCAUGUAACAAAAUAAGAAAAUUGUUUAAUGCUGAUGUCUUAAAUUAUUUACUGCUGCUAAGGAACCAUAAUAAUUUCCAAUGCUCAGGAUAGCUACCUCUAUCUCCACUUGCCAUUAUUAGAGACAAUGCAUUUUCAGUUUGCACAUUCUCUUAAAAGUCAGAAAGAACCAAACCUUGAUCUUGCACUUUGCAAGCCAUUGCCUCAUAUGGUAAAGUAUUGUUUUCUGGUGACAACAGAGCUCUUGCUUUACUAUUAGUGCAGUAUAACUAUUGAAUUUUGGUUAUUAUAAGAAAGCUGUACAUACAUCCAAUACUGUAGAUGUAUACUGUAUGUAAAUACAUGUACUCUUCACAUGUUCUUACCAGUUUUACUGUUUUCAUUGCUACAGGUCAUCUCUUUCUUGGUAUUUUAGGGAUGAUUUCUGUUUGACAUAAAUUUGGCCCACAACUUCUAGCAACAGCAUAAAAAGCAAAAUCACCAGCCCAAAUUCUUUUUUCACAUUUUUUUUUUACAUUUAUUCAGUUUCAAAAUUAGGUUUAAAUAAAAUUAGGGAAGGAUUAAUUCAUUUCAAUGUUCACAUCAAGAAGAAAAUGUUUCAGUCAUUACAAGAUGGGAUCCUAGUGAGGGACAAGUAUCUGAAAGAACCCAGUACAUUAUGGAUUCCGUGAUAGAAUGCAAAGCUACAAUGACAUCAGCAAAACAAAAGAAAAUAGAGCAAUGGGAUUUCAUGUGGUGGUGACCACAUAAUUCAUCAUGAAGUGAAGACUUCGUUAUCUGAAUCCACACUGACAGCGUUUUAUAUCUUCACAGAAGAGAGUAAGUUUUAAGCUCUAAAAGCCCGCAGAGAAGUGCAAACAGUAGUGAAAAAUUUGCAAUUAUUCAAGGAAUUGUUUUUGGCACUUGGAAUUACUGAAUACAUCAGACUUUGCUUGUCUGCUUCUUAUGUGCAGACUUGAUAAGGGAUUUUUCAAAGGAUUUCAAAGCAAUAAUAGUUCUUAUUAUAAAAUAAAAUGGGAAAGUUUGACAAGUAUCUUGAAGCAGUGAGGUUAAUCAAAUUUUCAUGUGUGAUGGUGAUAUAUUAAAAUUUUGUUUGUUUUUGAGGACAAAACUUUAGUUUUUUGGAUAUUUAUAUGUUUGGCAAAGAUUCAACCUAUCUGUAUGUUUAAAUAUAUUUUGUAAGGCAACAUGUAAUAUCUACUUUUCUUCAAAAACAAUAAUGAAUUAUUUAGGGUAACAGAUUGUAAAAAAAUAAAACUGAUUUCUUAACA